GGCUCUACCCUGCGCCGCUGUCACUUCCAGUUCCUACUUCGGCGAUCCAGGUCCGGGUCACUGCUUCCACGCCGCUGGCCCGGUCCCUCCAGGCCGCUUUCCCUCCCGAGCUCUGGGCGCCGGGCUAGAGGGGGCCAGCGAGGUACUGAGAGCAGGGUCCGGAGCGGCCGCGAAGGCGGCUUCCCAAGGCAGCCGCUGCCCGUCCGCCGCUGCCCCUCGCGCCCUCGACCGGCUCGCCGCCAGCGCACCCAGCGGGGCGCGUCUCCCGCACCCAGCUUUCCGCCCUCCCAGCGGCCCCGCCGCUCUGGAAACAAGAACUUGAGGGCAAGAAUCUGGCUUCCCUUUAUAUUAAAAAAAAGGGUGGCAUUAAAAAAAAUCCCCGGACUGGAGAGGUUGCGGGCGCUGCACGGAGUUUGGAGACGGGCGCCCCCUCCUCGCCCGCGUCCAGGAGCAAAGUUGCAGCCGCCCCUCCCCGCCCCGGAGAGCCGAGCCCAGCUCUCCAGUUUCGCCCUGGUGGCGGCCGCGCUCGGGGCAGGGUCCCAGCUCCGGCCGGGUGGAACUGUUCCCGCAGCCUUGGCACGGGCUCGGCCGCCCGCUCGCCGGCCCCGUGACUCGGGAGGGCGAGCGGCUUCCCGGAGGCGGCGGCGGCGCGGCUGGACCGAGCGAGCAACCGGAGGAGCAGCGGGCAGCGGCCGAGCCAGGUAUUUGAUCCUGAUGACCUUCAUGCAGGGGUCAAUUUCUCCAAGGUUCUGAGCACUCUUUUAGCUGUCAGCAAAGCAACAGAAGAUCAGCUCUCAGAAAGGCCAUGUGGACGUUCCUCUUCUCUUAGCGCUGCUAAUAGCUCUCAGACAAACCCACAGGGAGCAGUUUCUAGCCCAGCUCCAGGGCUGCAAAGGCAGUCAAAGCCAGUGGAGAUGACGGAAAAUGGAAGUCACCAGUUGAUAGUAAAGGCGAGAUUCAACUUUAAGCAGACUAAUGAAGAUGAACUGUCUGUCUGUAAAGGGGACAUCAUUUAUGUCACUAGAGUUGAAGAAGGAGGCUGGUGGGAAGGCACCUUAAAUGGGAGAACAGGCUGGUUCCCUAGUAAUUAUGUCCGAGAAAUUAAAUCCAGUGAGAGACCUCUCUCCCCCAAGGCUGUCAAAGGAUUUGAAACUACUCCACUUACCAAGAAUUAUUAUACUGUGGUGUUACAGAAUAUCUUGGACACUGAAAAAGAGUAUGCUAAAGAACUUCAGUCUCUUCUUGUUACUUACUUAAGACCCCUGCAGUCCAAUAACAAUCUGAGUACUGUGGAAUUUACAUCUUUAUUGGGAAACUUCGAGGAAGUAUGCACGUUUCAACAGACGCUCUGCCAAGCCUUGGAAGAAUGUUCAAAGUUUCCAGAAAACCAACACAAAGUAGGUGGCUGUCUACUGAACCUCAUGCCUCAUUUUAAAUCUAUGUAUCUGGCUUACUGUGCAAAUCAUCCUUCAGCUGUAAAUGUACUCACCCAGCACAGUGAUGAUCUGGAACGAUUUAUGGAAAAUCAAGGUGCAUCUAGCCCAGGUAUCCUCAUUUUAACAACAAGUCUCAGCAAACCUUUCAUGCGACUGGAAAAGUAUGUUACUCUCUUGCAAGAGUUGGAACGGCAUAUGGAGGACACGCAUCCCGAUCACCAGGAUAUUCUGAAAGCCAUCCUAGCAUUCAAAACUCUCAUGGGGCAGUGCCAAGAUCUCAGAAAGAGAAAACAGCUGGAGUUGCAGAUACUUUCGGAACCUAUUCAGGCAUGGGAAGGGGAGGAUAUUAAAACCUUGGGAAACGUGAUCUUUAUGUCGCAAGUAAUGGUGCAGUAUGGAACAUGUGAGGAAAAAGAGGAGCGGUACCUCAUGUUAUUUUCAAGUGUCUUGAUAAUGUUAUCUGCAAGUCCUCGGAUGAGUGGCUUUAUCUAUCAGGGAAAAAUACCAAUAGCAGGAAUGGUGGUGACUAGAUUAGAUGAAAUUGAAGGGAAUGACUACACAUUUGAAAUCACUGGUAACAUAGUAGAGAGAAUUGUGGUCCACUGCGGCAACAACCAAGACUUCCAGGAUUGGCUGGAGCAUCUGUACAGGCUGAUCAGAGGACCCGCCUCUUGCAGUUCCUUAUCCAAAACAUCAUCAUCAUCUUGUAGUGCUCAUUCCACAUUCUCCCAGUCUUUUAGCUCUACUGGACAGCCCCGAGGACCCUUGGAGCCUCCUCAAAUUAUAAAACCGUGGAGCUUAAGUUGUCUGCGACCUGCGCCUCCACUUAGACCAUCAGCAGCGCUAGGUUAUAAAGAGAGGAUGUCUUAUAUCUUAAAGGAAUCUGGUAAAAGCCCCAAAACGAUGAAGAAGUUUCUUCACAAAAGAAAGACCGAAAGAAAGCCAUCGGAGGAGGAAUAUGUCAUCCGCAAAAGUACGGCUGCUCUGGAAGAGGACGCUCAGAUUCUGAAAGUGAUCGAAGCCUACUGUACCAGUGCCAACCUUCAACAAGGCCACGGCUCAAGUGCUCGCAAGGAUUCCGUUCCCCAAGUCUUACUCCCCGAGGAAGAGAAACUCAUCAUUGAAGAAACCAGAAGCAACGGCCAGACCAUCAUUGAAGAAAAGAGCCUUGUCGAUACUGUUUAUGCCUUGAAGGAUGAGGUCAAAGAGCUGAAACAGGAGAAUAAAAGAAUGAAGCAGUGCCUGGAAGAAGAGUUGAAAUCAAGAAGGGACCUAGAAAAGCUGGUCCGGAGGCUGUUGAAGCAAACUGAUGAGUGUAUCCGGGCCGAGUCCAGUAGCAAGCCCUCCAUUCUCCCAUAACCAUCACAGUGCGGCUGGAGGGUGCCCGCAGGGCAUCGGGAAGUGUCCAGCUGAGUGAUCUGACUCAGCUUGCUCACUUCUCUGGUUUUUAUUUCGUAUCUUAGUGUCUCUCUCUCUCUCUCUCUUCUCUCUCUCUCUCUCUCUCUCUCUCUCUCUCUCUCUCUCUCUCUCUCUCUCUCUCUCUCUCUGUUUGGUUCAGUGUUUGUUGUUGUUUGGUUAUUGGUUGGUUGGUUAUUUUUUUUAACAGGUCAAAGCAAGAGGGGGUGAACAUCUCCCCAGUCUUUUCCAUUCAGUAAGCAAAGGGAAGCUAAUGUAGGCAAAUGACUUACAUGGCCUUCAGAUGGCUUUCAAUUCAUAGUGCCUCUUUACCAGCCAUUAUCUCGGGUCACUCUUUUUGGGCUGGCUGCUGUCCCAAAGUGGCCAGCCAUGGCUUAUUAAAUGUGAACUUGACUUUCUCCCCCAGUGCUUUCCUGUUCCUGGCAGCCCCUCAGUACCUGAUUUACUGAAGGCAACACUUCUGGAACUCCGACUGGCGUAGGGUGAAAGGCUAACACAGUUUGCCCAGUGAUCCAGCUGCCCUUCCCUGGGCCGUCCUCAAUGCACACUUUUUUUUUAAUGACUACCCUAUUUUGUCUAUAAGACCAAGAAAACCGUAGUGCCCUCCCUCCUUUCGUGUUGGUUUACAUUUUAACUCUGGGACAGAAGCUCUGGUCACCCAUGCCAACACCAAAUCCAUUAGCAAAUUGCACUGGACAGUCCUCCCCUUCAGUAGCAGAGUUGCCCAUCUCUUGCCAGUGCAUGGUAGGUUUUGUCCCUAACCUUCUGCCUUGCGUGUAAGUUUUCUAUUUCCCCAGUGCUUUUAGCCAAGCAUACCAAGCGGUGUGUCAACUGGUAUGUCUGUGCUUUGCUUUUUAAAAAUACAGACUGUGAGCACUUACUUUUUUCUACAUCACAUAUUCAAAUUGCGACUUCUCAUCCUUCAGUGUACACUUGAGGAGAUGUUGUGCCCUAGCAGACAGCUUUAAUUCCCUUGAUUGCUCUACCAUAUAUGCUGUGAGAAGCUGUGAUAGUCACCAGCCUCUUCGAGUAGGACUCUAAGCAUUAUUUGCAGAAACGUGCUGUUGGCCCAGUUUGGAUAGCCGGAAAGAAAGGGCCGCUCUAGUAGCUGUGUGCUGGCUACUAGUGAAGCUGAUUAUUUGGAACUGGUUGACUCAAGUUGCUUGUUGAAUCAAACCCUCGCCUUUGUAAGCAUCUGGGAAAUUAGAACUGUGAUAAGCCAGGUUUAGAAGAGGGUCACAGGAGGGCAACACACAUCCAAAUUCAGCACAGUUGAAAGUUGGCCUGGGGCUGUAGGACAGAGCAGUGCAACCUGCCCCUGUCUGUCCCAAAGACGGGAAGUUUGGCCAGGUGGAGGAGAUCGCUGGAAAGAGAGGCCAAGGACCAGUGGACUGAGCAAAGUCGUCUCCCACAUACAUUUGAUGGGUGCCUAUAAAUGUGGGUUUUGUGAAUGUUGUUUAGGAACCAAACUUGAAGCUUGAACUCCGCAGCUUGUUAAGCCCUUUUCCUUUCUAGUACAGGGUGGUUCUCAGUUCCCAUAACUACAUGGUACGGGGCUGUUGACUGCUUGCUGCACAGCAGAAAUGACACCGUCCACGGGAAAUGGACUGUUCCUGCAGACCAAUCUCAGCCAGCCACACCCAGCUGUCUUUGGAAGCCAAAGACCGAACAAGAUUGCUAGGAAUGGCUGUUGUUCUGUUUAUAGCCCAACAGUUUAGAGAUGCCGUCCUUCAUCUCCAAAUGGAAAACAACAGUAACAGCAACACAGAUCAUAGCAUCUGCCCUGUCUGUGGUUAGUCAAUGGCUUGCAAUAAAUGUGCAAACUAUAUCCAUAGGAAACAUUUUUGUGAUUACAAAGUACUUUAGUUGAUAAGGUAUAUAGGAUUGCUUAAAAUAUUGAAAGGUCUUUAUUUUAAAGAGACGUGUCCAUAUGCAUGUUUUGGGGACGUGGCCCUUCUGAUGAGAGGCCCUGUGUACUCUGGGUAAUGUAGCUCGUGCAGAGUGGUGUCCGCGCUCCCACUCGAUAAUCCUAUAUGGGAAAUGAAGCCAUGUUAACCUGACGGCAGUGUCUCCAUAGUUGUGUUGUUUACAGUACUCUAUAAAUGGGUCCCUGUUACUCUGUAGUCAAACUGCUGCCCUUCGAGGCCUUUCAGUUCCUCUUCUGUCAUGUCCCUUCUUACACAGCUCAAAUUUUCUAACUUGUUUUUAUUUUGAAGACUUUUAAACUGGACAUUUUCAAUAAAUAAGAAUAACAAUGCUUUAUAAAAUAAGUCCUGUGUUUCUUCUUCAUUUUCUUUUUCUUUCUUUCUUUUUUUUUUUUUGCUAGCUGGUGUGCAGAAAGAUUUCUCAUGUUGUGUCAGCUUCCUCUUUUGUUUCCCUCAUUAGCUAUCCAUGCUCAUCAGGCCCCUGAACCAGCUUCUACCUUUUUCACUCAGGCCAGAUGAUAUUUGUUCCCCACUUUAAAGAGAUAAUACAUCUCUUGAGAGAGAACCUUCUGUAACUUCUCCACCCCUCUCCUCCUGCCCCCAACCUAUAAACUGUCUGUACCUCUUCUCACCAUCUUCCUUCCAAUAUAAGAGAAAGAGAUAUUCACUUUCUUGUUCAAGCAUAUCCCUUGUUUGGUUUCCAUCCCUCUUUGUAUUUUGCAGGAUUUUGUCAAUUUUGCUCUAUUUUGACCACAGGUGGAAUGCUGGGGUCAGCGGUCAGGAUGAAAAUAUUUGCUCCACCCUCAAGAUAGAUACACUGGAUAUUAUCUGUUGCUACUCAGUAUCCAUUCCUCCCCCAACCCGCAACCCCAAGGCUAAAAAAGCACCUAGCCCAGACUCCCUUGCAGCUAGGGUUCCGAUACAGUGUGGGUUCUGAUACAUUUUCACUUCUGCCAAUGAGAUGUCUUUGUGCAAUGUUUGAAAAGAUUCAGUUAGCAGAGGCUAUCUUCCUGGGGCUUGUUGGCUGGCAGGAGGUUCCAAGGAUAUGUUCGUGGCUUCUGUACUACCUAUGGGUGACAGACUGUAGUGGCAGCAGCAUCUUCUGAAACUGGAUUUGGAUUACAGCUACCGUGUUAUGACCUUGAAGCCAUAGUCAGUGGAAGCCCCCUGACUUCCACUUCUGUAGCUGUCUAUUUUUUUUUUUUGGCUGCAUUGGGUCUUUGUUGCUGUGCGUGGACUUUCUCUAGUUGUGGCGAGUGGGGGGCUAUUCUUCGUUGCGGUGCGCGGGCUUCUCAUUGCAGUGACUUCUCUUGUUGCGGAGUGCGGGCUCUAGGCACACGGGCUUCAGUAGUUGUGGCACGCGGGCUCAGUAGUUGUGGCUCACGGGCUCUAGAGUGCAGGCUCAGUAGUUGUGGCACACGGGCUUAGCUGCUCUGCGGCAUGUGGGAUCUUCCCGGACGAGGGCUCAAACCUGUGUCCCCUGCAUUGGCAGGAGGAUUCUUAACCACUGCACCACCAGGGAAGCCCCUGUAGCCAUCAAUUUUAUAGGCACCUGAUAUUACCUUUCUGCCUCAGCAUAGGAAGCCCAAGCAAUAGCUGUAACAUGGCACCUCCCAUGUGCUAGGCUCUGCACUGUUUUACAUAGUUAAGCUCCUGUAACCCUUGCAACAACCCUAUGAGGUAUUCACUAUUGUUAUCCCCAUCUUACAAGUGAACAAAGGUACAGCAGUUGAAUAAUAUGCUAGUAUGUGUGUAGCAGGGAUUUGAAACCCUGGUCCGUCUGCCUCUCGAAACCAUGCUCUUGCUACUGCAUCUCCUCCUCUGCACUUGGUACUUGCCAAGUCAGCUUCUACCUCGGCCAUCUACUCUCCUGAAGUCACUGAUGAGCUCUUACUGACAAAUCCAGGGAGCGCUUUUCAAUACCCAUCUUGACCUCUCUGCAGUUUCUGACCCUUGCCUCCUUGAUAAAUCUCUCCUUCCUGGGCUUUCAUGAUCCCAGCUUUCCUGGCAUUCAUUCAACCUUUCUGACCACCCCAAAGUCUCCUUUGCUGGAUCUACCUCCUGCCUGUCCCCUGAAUGUUGCUGAUCCUUGACACUCUUUGCCUCUUCUCUUCCUUUCUAUAGCCUCUUCCAGGACAACCUUGUCUAUUCCUAUAACUUUAUUCAUCAAAGUGUAGAUGACUCCCUGGUCCAUAUUUUUCCAUCCUGACCUUUUCUCCUGAGCUCCAGACCCGUGGAUGCAGCUACCUUGUGGACAUCUCAGCUUGGACGUCCUACAGCACCUCAAACUCAGCAUGUCCCAAACUGUACUCCUCAUUCAUAGUCCUAGAUCUGCUCUUCCAAUGUUUCCUAUCCCAGUACAUAGCACCCGUGGCCACUUAAUUGCCCGAACCGGAAAAACAAGUAUUGUCCUUUAUUCCUUCCUCUCCCUCAACCCUGUAUAAAUUUAUACAUUAACCCUUUAUACAUUUAGUCAUCAAGUCUUACCAUUUUUAACUCUGUUGUAACCCCUGAACUUCUCCCCAUCCUCCGUUGCCUAUUUUUGAUGCUUAUCAUCUCUCCCUCAGACUAAUGCAUCUCUUUGCCUCUUGUAGUCUAGCCUCUUGGGUGCCAAUUGUCUGGCCUCUUUGGUGCCAGUAGAAUGAUUAUCUAAAAGAUCUAUGUCAUUCACCUGUUUAAAAAUUUAAUCUCUUGCUACUCCCCGCCGCACUCAGUAAAGUUGGAUCUCCUUGAAUUUCUUUUAAGUCCCAUAAUAUGCCAUUUGCCCUGCCUAGAAUCCCUUUCCCAUCCCUGUCCAUCAAGCAAAUUCAUUCCUUUCCAUUUAGAGUCAGCUCAAGUAUCUAUGUGAACUCCUGAUUUCUAAAAUGCAUGUACAUAUGUAUCUCUGCAUGUAUAUGUGUACAUUUAUAUGUAUGUAGUGUGUAUGUAUGAAUUAGGGUUGCCAGAUAAAACACAAGACGCUCAGUUGCAUCGGAGUUUCAGCUGUACAUCAAAUAAUGUUUUGGUAUAGAUCAUGUCCCACAUACUGCAUGGGAUAUAUUUAUACUAAGUUUUUCAAUGUUUACCUGAAAUCCAAAUAUAACUGGGUAUCCUGAAUUUUUAAAAAAAAUUUUUUUUUUUUGGCUGCGUUGGGUCUUCGUUGCUGUGCACGGGCUUUCUCUAGUUGCGGCGAGAAGGGGCUACUCUUCUUUGAGGUGUGUGGGCUUCUCAUUGCAGUGGCUUCUCUUGUUGCGGAGCAUGGGCCCUAGAGUGCAUGGGCUUCAGUAGUUAUGGCACGUGGGCUCAGUAGUUGCAGCAUGCGGGCUCAGUAGUUGUGGCUCGUGGGCUCUAGAGCGCAGGCUCAGUAGUUGUGGCACGUGGGCUUAGUUGCUCUGUGGCAUGUGGGAUCUUCCCGGACCAGGGAUUGAACCUGUGUCCCCUGCAUUGGCAGGCUGAUUCUUAACCACUGUGCCACCAGGGAGGUCCCUACCCUGAAAUUUUAUUUGCUAAGGCUGACAGCUUUAGUACCUACAUGUAUAUACAUAGGCAUCUAAACGCAUACAUUUCCUAGGGGAAGUGACAUCCUAAUAGCAAUGAACACAGCUGUGCCCAGAACUUGGUUUCUAAACACUAUACUCUGCACUGGAACGAGGGCUCCUUGGAGAAAUGGCCAAUUCUACGGCUGAGGCAGGAAAGGUACAAGAUGAGCCUGGAACAUCUUGUUCUGCCAGAAAGUAAUGCUCAGAAAUAUGAUAGGGGCAUGUUACAAAGACACAGGUGCAAACUUGAAGAGGCUCUUACUGGCCAAAUAAGGGAAAAUUUGAGCACGAAAAUACAGUAAUGAAUUUGAAAACAUUGGAAAAAGUAGAAAUCUAUGUGUCCAUAUUGAUAAAUAAGUAAGUGGGGAGAAAGGGAAGGCUCUUGUUUACAGUACCAUGCUGAGGGUUGACUGGUAAACAUGGAAGGAACUCUGGAGUUGGAAAAUCCCCAUUGUGCAGCCAUCAUAGUAAAGACCGAUUCAGGCAAAAAUUAUCACUGGCUGUUAAAAUAUAGAGGGAAACGUUGAUGACGAGCAAGUUACUUGUAUGGUCUUAAAGUGUUUCCCCAAAGAGUGCUUACUAGUUGCAAGGUGGAAAAUAGUAACUCUAGAUAGAGUGGGGAAAUUGGACAGCACUUUAACUGAGUGAUCAAAAUUCACAUCAACAAUGAGAGGCAGGGACUUCCCUGGUGGCGCAGUGGUUAAGAAUCUGCCUGCCAAUGCAGGGGACAUGGGUUCAAGCUCUAGUCCGGGAAGAUCCCACAUGCUGUGGAGCAACUAAGCCCGUGCGCCACAACUACUGAGCCUGUGCUCUAGAGCCUGCGAGCCACAACUACUGAGCCCACAUGCCACAACUAGUGAAGUUUGUGCACCUAGAGCCUAUGCUCCACAACAAGAGAAGCCACUGCAAUGAGAAGCCUGCGCACUGCAACAAAGAGUAGCCCCCGCUCACUGCAACUAGAGAAAGCCCGCGAGCAGCAACGAAAAACCAACACAGCCAAAAAUAAAUUAAUAAAUUAAAUAAUUAAAAAAAAAAACAGUGGGAGGCAAA